AUGCUUGCUAUUCUGGGGGUCCGAGAGGACAGCCUUGUACGCGAUAUCCUCGAGCGUCGCCGCUUAGCCAUCGUCGCCGCUACAGCGUCGAGUGGCGACCCAUCAGCAACAGCAAUAGCAAGUUUUGGUAGCUUUGACAUUAACGCUGUCGAUCGCCGUGGCGACACCGCGCUGCACAUUGCCGCCGGGGAACACGACGUUGAAUCACUGAAGCUCCUUCUCUCGGAGGACGGGAUCGACAUCGAUCUGCCAGGCCAUGGCGGCGAACCACUGCUGCUCCAACCGAGAUACCACCUGGCUAUCGAAGCCAUAUUAGCGCAAGGGGGCGUGGCGGUCGACCAGGUAGAUUAUCUCGGCCGGACAGCCCUAUCGAAUGCAGCGGCGCGAGGUGACCUUGAGAGUGCGCGUGUCCUGCUGCGGUAUGGGGCCCGGCCGGAUCUCCCGGAUCCCUCGGGAUAA